UCAGCGCUGAGGCGCCGUGUGCGGGGGGCGGGAGGUGGCACCGGGCGCCCAUGGAGGGCUGCGGGGCCGAGGAGGAGGAGGAGGACGGCGGGCCCUUGCAGCGGCUCGUCAAGCGGCAGCGCAAGGAGAAGCGGGAGCUCCAAGCAAAAAUUCAAGGCAUGAAAAAUGCUGUUCCCAAGAAUGAUAAAAAGAGACGAAAACAGCUGGCUGAUGAAGUUGCCAAACUAGAAGCAGAACUUGAACAGAAGCACAAGGAGGAGUUAAAGCAGCUGAAGGAAGCUACACCUGAGCAGAAUAAGAUAGAUUCUGUAACUGAUGGAGUUGCAAAUGUAGAGCUUGAGCAACUGGAGCAACAGAUUCAGCAUCCUCGAAUAUCAAAAGCACAGAAGAGGAGGGAAAAAAAAGCUGCCUUGGAGAAAGAAAGAGAAGAAAGGAUAGCUGAAGCUGAGAUCGAGAAUUUAACAGGUGCUAGACAUGUUGAAAGUCAGAAACUUGCCUCCCUGUUGGCAGCAAGACACUUGGAGAUUAAGCAGAUUCCUUCCGAUGGCCACUGCAUGUACAGAGCUAUCGAAGAUCAGCUCAAGGAUCGCCAGAAUUCCUGGACUGUUACAACUCUGAGAAACCAAACAGCAAAGUAUAUGCAAAGUCAUUUUGAUGACUUCCUGCCAUUUCUUACAAACCCCACUACUGGAAACAUGUAUAGCAGAGAGGAAUUUGAAAAAUACUGUGAUGAUAUAGCAAAUACGGCUGCGUGGGGUGGUCAACUGGAACUAAGGGCUUUGUCGCACAUUUUGCAAACACCUAUUGAAGUAGUGCAAAUGGAUUCCCCGUCCAUUGUUGUUGGUGAAGAAUAUUCAGGCAAACCAAUAACACUUGUGUAUAUGAGACAUGCCUAUGGAUUAGGAGAACAUUAUAAUUCUGUAAACUUUUUUUUACCAGCUCCACUCUUGUUCAGGGACAAGCUCCCCGGGCUCCAGAAGGGUCAAGGCCCAGAAUACAAGAUCAAAGCAAAGUCCUCUGUGCAAAACAGAGCACUACAGAAGCUGGGAAGAGGACACAUCACUGCAACUCUGCAUGACAUCUCCCUUAACUGUGUACUCAGGAAGGGCUAUAAACCUUGUAAGGCUGUAAGUAAGCACCGGAAAUGCUGA